CUGGCAAAACAAAAGAAAAAUUUCUAUGUUUUAAGGAUCAGCUUGGCUAAAGGUGACCCCAAGAAGCCAAAGGGCAAGAUGUCUGCUUAUGCCUUCUUUGUGCAGACUUGCAGAGAAGAACAUAAGAAGAAAAAUCCAGAAGUCCCGGUCAAUUUUGCAGAACUUUCCAAGAAGUGCUCAGAUUGGUGGAAGACAGUGUCUGGGAAAAAGAAAUCUAAAUUUGAUGAAAUGGCACAGGCGGAUAAAGUACACUAUGACUGGGAAGUGAAGGGUUAUGGACCAGCUAAGGGAAGUAAGAAGAAAAAGAAUCCUAAUAUCCCCAAAAGACCACUGUAUGUAUUCUUCCUGUUCUGUUUAGAAUUCCACCCCAAGAUCAAGUCCACAAAUCUUGGUAUCACUAUUGGAGAUGUGGCAAAAAAUCUGGGCAAGAUGUGGAAUAACUUAAGUGACAGUGAAAAGCAGGCAGACAUCACUAAGGCUGCAAAGCUGAAGGAGAAAUAUGAGAAGGAUGUUGCUGACUAUAAGUCUAAAGGAAAGUUUGAUGGUGCAAAGGGUCCUGCUAAAAUUGCCUGGAAAAAGUCGGAUGAGGAAGAUGAAGAAGAGGAGGAGGAAAAAGAAGAGGAGGAUGAUAAAUAA